UGUUUUAUUUGAACGUUUUGAUACAUGUUAGAUUCCUGUUCAGUGUUGUUAUAAAUUCUGAUAACCUAAUUCAUUGUUGUUAAACACUUGCCUAAAUCUUAUCAAAAACUUCAGACCAUAACAAUGGCAGACGACGAAGUGGAUCCAAAAGAGUAUCGUUGGGAAACCGGCUAUGAGAAAACCUGGGAGGCAAUCAAAGAAGAUGAGGAUGGUUUGGUGGAAGGCCUGGUGGCGGAGUUCGCCCAAAAGGCGGCUCGGAAGGCAGCGGCGCCGCGCAAAGGACCCGUCAGGCUUGGCAUGAUGCGGCAUCUUCUGGUAGCCGUGGACUGCUCUGAGGCGAUGAGCUGCCAGGACAUAAAGCCUACUAGAUUCCUUUGCACACUAAAGUUGUUAGAGAGAUUUAUAGAAGAAUUCUUUGACCAAAACCCCUUGAGUCAACUGGGUCUGGUGCUGAUGAAGAACAAGAGAGCAGAGAGACUGACUGAAAUGUCAGGGAAUGUUAGAAAACACAUAAAGGCUGUACAAGGCUUGUCAAAUAUAGCCCUGACUGGUGAGCCCUCACUGCAGAAUACAUUGGAGUUCGCAAGUCGAGUCCUCAAGCCUCUUCCUGGGCAUGCUUCAAGAGAACUUCUCGUGUUAUUUGCCUCGCUCACUACUUGUGAUCCGGGGGACAUAACUACAACUAUACAGAGUCUCAAGACCGACGGUAUCAGGUGUAGUGUAAUAGGAUUGGCAGCUGAAGUCAGGAUCUGCAAAAAGUUGUGUCAAGAUACUGGAGGCGAAUAUGGGGUGAUACUGGACGACGUCCACUACCGCAGCCUGCUGCUGGAGUGCACGGCGCCGCCGGCGCGCGCGCGCAGCCUGGACGCGGGGCUCGUCAAGAUGGGCUUCCCUCACGCCCCGCCUUCGGAGCAGGACAACAGCGCCCCCCCGCCUGUGACGCAGUGCAUGUGUCACUUGGAAGAGGGCGAAGGCGUAGGCACAGAAGGGCACCUCUGCCCGCAGUGUCGCAGCAAAUACUGCUCUCUGCCGGCGCAGUGCCGGACUUGCGGCCUCACGUUGGCGUCAGCGCCACAUCUAGCCAGAUCUUACCACCACCUGUUCCCUGUGGAGCCGUAUGAAGAAAUACCAAACGAAGGCCAAGCUCAGUACUGUUUUGGGUGUUUAAGGCCUUUUGUGGAACUGGAUAAAGAAUUGCACCGCUGCCCGCGUUGCCGCGAGCAUUAUUGCUGGGAGUGCGCGAGUGCGGUCGCGGCCACACUGCACGUGUGUCCUGCUUGCGCCUCGCGUCCACACUUGUACCAGCGGCUGCCGGACCACGAGUGAAGCGAGGAUGUUAGGCC